AUGCGCCCCGACGAGUACGAGUUGACAUCAGCCUCAGAAGUGCAUCACCGUUUGAGCAACAGUGACGUUGGCCUCAACCCCACCUCAAAUACCGGACUGCCAACCUUAGCACCCUCUGCUGCAUCCGGGCCUCACCAGGUGGAGGAGGACGACGACCUAGAUGUCCCCUCCAAUGGAUAUAGCAGCCUGGUAGCCUAUGACGAGGGGAACAAGGACGAUUACACCGCCGGAAUGGAUUCCAGCUCGGAGAACCACCAUGAGCUGGACCACUACGAUGAUUCCGACACCUACACUUCGGACAACGGCGGCGCCCUGCUGAGCACAUUGUUUGAGACCAUCCACCACGCAGCCUAUGAACCUCCCCCUCAUGCGCACAACUGGGAGAACUUUGCCGGUGCGGCUGAGGAUAUGGAUGCGGGUGCGGUUGCCGACUGGGAUCUCGGCGACGGCGGCAACAGCGACCUAGAGGGCGAUGGCUUUGAAGCCGAUGAUUUCUUGGUCUUCAGCACACCGAACCACCAGACGCUCAACCCCGGAAACCUCUCGGCCCACCAGUUCCUGGAGGAGUGGGCAUUGCAUAGCAGGCAUUUCCACCAUCCCAGUGCCCGCCUCAAGGGCCGCUGCCCGGACGCUCUCAGCCUCGCCCAGCAGGUCAGCGCGCGUGGCCGUGACUGCAUACGGUACGACGAUCUCGAGGGCGACAAGCUUGAUAUUCAGGGCAUCAACUGGGAGGAUCUGGGCGUGUCCAGGAAGCUGGCCCGGGUGCAGCGCAGCCACACCUACAAGAACUAUGUCAGCAAGCACGGGUCGGAUCUUUACAAUCCUCGACUUCUGAGCACUGUUCCUUCGCCAGACGAGAGCUUCUUCAGGUUCAGGCAGAUGAAUAUCUGUCGCAAUGUGCACCUAGUUCACUUUCAACUACGGAACGUGCUGGCCACCACAUCACGGGACCGGGUCUUCUAUACCGGCGCCGGCGCGGUGCAGCAGCUGAAUCCACUGACCGGCCAGGGCGGCCCACCUCUGCGAUUCGAGUCGAGUCCGCAGGUGCAGGUGACCUCUCUGGCUGCCGACUACGGCCUGCUAGUUGCAGGAAGCUUCAACGGUCGCUACUGCUUCUGGAACUUCAACUCUGACUGCAUCGACGGAGAGCACGAUGCCCAUGAGGGCAGCCUCAGCUCCAAUAUCGCCGCUCUAACCAACCACAUCGAACUGCACAUCCCGAGGCGAUCGUCCACGCCCCACGCGGCAUUUGCGUCUAAUGACCUCAUUUUCCGCGGGCUCGACCUCGCCACCGAGACCUUUGUCCACGAGACCAAGUACCCAUUCGCCCUCAACUGCACCGCCGUCUCGCCCGACGGCCGCCUCCGCGUCAUGGUCGGCGACCACACGAGCGUCUUCAUCGCGGCCGCCGAGCCCGAGCGCAACCGCGGCAAGGGCCCGGACCUGCUCUGCGAGCUCACGGGCCACCGGGACCACGGCUUCGCCUGCGACUGGGCCGACGACGGCUACACCGUGGCCACGGGCGCCCAGGACCGCCUCGUCAAGAUCUGGGACGCGCGGCGCUGGACCGACUCCAGCGGCCGGGCGGUGCCCGUCGCGACCCUGCGCACCGAGCUCGCGGGCGCGCGCUGCCUCAAGUUCUCGCCCCUCGGGUCCGGCCGCCGCGUCCUCGUGGCCGCCGAGGAGGCCGACUUCAUCGACGUCUUUGACGCGCAGACCUUUGAGUCCAAGCAGACGUUUGACGUCUUUGGCGAGCUCGGCGGCCUGGCCUUUGCCGACGGCGGGCGCGAGCUGCUCGCGCUGAGCUGCGACCCCUGGCGCGGCGGCGUCAUCCGGCUCGAGCGGUGCGGGGCCGGGUUCGAGGCCGUGCACAACGACGACGUGUUUGCCGCUGGCUUGGGGUCCGGCGUCGUCGGCGGCGGGGGGCCCGUGGGCUUGCCGCCCGGCGAUCUGCGCUGGGACCGGGGCAUGGACUUUGACUGGCCGUCGAGGGUCCGGGUCGCCGGCGGCGGUGGGCGUGCCGGGUCGAGGGCAUGGCCGGGAGCGGGAGGUUUCGGACGGCUGAUCUGGUCUGACGAAGAAGCUGCCGCCGAGGCGGCUGCCGCUCGUGCUGGCGCCGGCGCUGAUGUCGCUGCCGCUGCUGUCGAUGUGAGGAACAGGCGGAUCCGGGCGCGGAGGCGCGUGAGGGACGCUGCUGUUGCGGAUCUGGAGCCGUUUUGA